CCUUGCCUCGCCUCGGCUACCCCUGGCUGGGUGGCCGUGCGAAGCAGCUCGGUCGGGCAGCCUGGGUCGCUCAGCGGCCCAGAAAGCUCCCGUUCUGUCCUUUUCCCUGCAGGGCCGCGGAGACUCGAAGGUGGAAUCCACAACGGUGGACGCGGGAGCAUUCGCUGCCCACUGGCAGAGUGCAGCAGACCAUCAGAGCCGAAUCUGAACUUGAAUUCUGUGCGGUUGAUUGCAGAGCUGUCUUGACACCCCGAGGACCCGGAUCUGCGACCCCCCCGCCCUCCGUGGACAGAGGUUGACCAUACCUCAGCGGCGAGUAUUCUCAAGAAGGGCAUUGUUUGCACAGGAUAGAGUAGAAAUAAAGGCGCACUCUUGUUUCCAAGCUCAUACGUUUACUGGGAUAGGAGGAAGGCAGAGCCACCCUUCCCUCCCUGCACGGCUGCAGAUUAGGCUAUUCUGAAAAGCCUGAGCAUCUUGUUAUAUUCAGACGCCCUAUCGUCAUCAGUCAUGGCUAGCUUCAUUGCACAUAUGGCUAACAACCGGCGACAGAACGCACCCUUGCCGCCUUGGGUCCAUUCCAUGCUGAGGUCCCUGGGGAGGAGUCUCGGUCCCUUAAUGGCCACCAUAGCAGAGAGAAACAUGAAGUUGUUCUCGGGGAGGGUGGUGCCAGCACAGGGGGAAGAAACCUUUGAAAACUGGUUGAACCAAGUCAAUGGGGUCCUGCCAGAUUGGAAUAUGUCUGAGGAGGAAAAGCUCAAGCGCUUGAUGAAAACCCUUAGAGGCCCUGCCCGGGAGGUCAUGCGUUUGCUUCAGGCGGCCAACCCCAACCUAAGUGUGGCAGAUUUCUUGCGGGCCAUGAAAUUGGUGUUUGGGGAGCCUGAAAGCAGUGUGACUGCCCAUGGUAAAUUUUUUAACACCCUGCAGGCGCAAGGGGAGAAAACCUCCCUUUAUGUGAUCCGUUUAGAGAUGCAGCUGCAGAGUGCGAUUCAGGCAGGCAUCGUAGCUGAGAAAGACGCAAACCAGACUCGCCUGCAACAGCUCCUUUUGGGGGCUGACCUGAAUAGGGACCUGCGCCUCAGGCUUAAGCAUCUCCUCAGGAUGUAUGCAAAUGAGCAGGAGCGGCUUCCCAAUUUCCUCCAGCUGAUCAGGAUAAUAAGGGAGGAAGAGAAUUGGGAUAACAAUUUUAUUCAACGGAAGCGGCCCAAAAGAUCUGAGUUAAUGGCAGAGAGGGCAGCCAGCCCCGUGGCAUUUCAGGGCUCUUCACCGAUAGCGAUCAGUGAUGCUGACUGCAACGUGAUAGAGAUAGAUGACACCCUGGAUGACUCAGAUGAGGACGUGAUCCUGGUGGAAUCUCAGGACCCUCCCCUCAGAGACAGGGCCAGACCUCAGGGUGAAAUGCUGGUAAUUGAUUCCCCCAAUGAUUCCGUGGCUGAGUCUCCUUCCACCAGUGGUGGUUCUGAGUAUAAGUUUGAUGGUCUGGGGGAUAUGCGCAGAGCCAAGAAGCGAAAAUACACACUCCGCUGUUCAUACUGUGGCGAGGAGGGCCACUGCAAAGAAACCAGUGAGAGCCACAAGGCCCAGGUAUUUGAGAAUCUGCUCAUCACCCUGCAGGAGCUGACACAUGCGGAGGAGGAGGGGGCAAAGGAGGCCCCUGGAGAGCACAGUGACCCCUUUGAGCUGCAGUAAGGCACUGGCCCCCAGCCUUAAAUGAGUCCUUACCUAUAUUGAGUCCAGUGAUGCAAAAACUGGGGGUGGGGGUGGGGCUUCUAAUUGCAUGAUUCAAUCCACAAAGUGGCUAUCUUUUGGGGUGGAGGAGAAAUAGUCUUAGCAACUAGCACCAUGGAGGGAGAUAGCCUGACCUCUGUCCUUGCUUCCUCUUCCCGCUGCCUAAGGGCCUAUUUUUUGUGUGUGCCCAUUUCCUUGGUGGCUUUAUUCUCUUCGUGAAAGUGGCAUAAUCAAUCGUGAACUCUUCAAAAAAUAAAGAAACGUACAAAAAGUAAGGUAUAAAUUACCCCAAAUUAUCCACCCUUGUCAACCCUUUGAUCAAUGCCCUUCUAGAUUUUUCCCUACAUCUAUGUACCUAGAUAAAAGUGAUAAAAUAUAAGUGCUGUUCUAUAUGCUGUAUUUUUUCACCAGACAAUAUAUGUUGUGGGCUUCUUUCUAUGUCAAUAAAUAUAUAUAUCAGCAUUUA